AUGUCUGCUCCAAGGGUUAGUGGUCCGCGAAUACAAAAGCCAGCGCCCAAUGUCGACAACCGCUCGUGGAGCGCUACAUUUCCCGAGGAAUUGAGUGCAUGGUCUGAUUCGAAGAAGUUCAUUUCGAGGUGCAUGUACGUUGUUUUCUGUCACAUAAUUGCCAGUCGAGGACUUCUACCGAGUAAUAAUUUGAAGAAGAGAACAAUUGACGGUAACGUUCGUGCAUAUGUCAUGAACUCUUCCGAGAUAUUAGGAGCGCGACUCGUUCAAAAAUUCAAAGGAGUCUCUGAUGCCGUUGAGAAGAACUACCUUCGAGAACUGAUGCUUGUAAUCAGUCCCACAGAACAGGAUGAGAACGAUGCUAUUGAGGUGUAUUGCUGGAGGUUGCGAUACGAUGUUGAUGGUGAUCCACUAGCGGAGUUGAGACAAGCUGAUGGGACAGUAAUGCUCGCGCUUCGCUUCAAAGGAAUGCAACAUUUGAAAAAACAAGUAGCUGAGCUGUUGGCGCGGAUCAGAUCGUUGUGCAAGGGACUAUUGGGACCAUUGCCUCCUGGAGCCUCAGCAACCUUACGAAUGACCUACACUGACCGUGAGUUCAUUGUUAUUGUAAUGUUUCGAAAUGGCAUCUUCCCAUUAUUAUUCGAGACUGUUCUCUCCCUCACUCGAUUAGCUGCCAGUAACUGUAUCAACUCUGAUCUAGCCUAG